AUGUCAUUCAAUCCUCUUUCCGCUAUUCUUAAAGAACACAAACUCGAAGGUCAUAACUAUAUCGUAUGGAAAAAAAACUUGGAUAUCGUUCUCACUGCCGAAGAGUACAAAUAUGUGCUCACUACUGAAUGUCCAGCUGAACCUGCUGCAAAUGCUUCUGCAGCAGUGAAAGAAACAUACAGAAAGUGGCGUAAAGCCAAUGAGAUGGCGAAGUGCUACAUGUUGGCUUCUAUGUCAACAGUACUUCAACAUCAGCAUCAAGGCAUGAACACUGCUACUGAGAUUAUGAACAAUCUUAAUAACCUGUUUGGUACUCAGAAUCGAGCGGCUAAAUCUUUAGCCUUUCGGAGCAUCAUGACUAAGGUUAUGAAGGAGGGCACAUCUAGUUUGCCAGCUAGCUAUCAGCAGUUCAAGCUCAAUUUCGAGAUGAACAAGAGGGCUUACACCCUAGCUGAACUGUUGACUGAGUUGCAGUCAGCGGAGGAUCUUAUGGUCCAGACAAAGGCUGCUAUGAUGAGUUCUAGGCCGUCUUCCUCAGGCUCUAAGCCAGGUAAGGGGAAGAAGAAAGCCCAGAAUGUUGUAGCACCAAAGAUAGCUAAGGGCAAAAAGAAACGGGUGAACACGAACAAGAAGCAAAGUGGCAAGUGUUUCAAAUGCGGCGAAAAGGGGCAUUGGAAGCCGGAUUGUCCUAAAAAGGCCAAUGGCUCAGGUAACAAGGCAGUUGAAUGAAGCAGAGAUCGAGAUCCAGCUGGGCGAUGCUACGAGAGUGGCAGCCGUUGCAGUGGGAGACGUUUAUU